AUGAACUGCUCUGGGAGUCAUUUGUUAGGGUUGCAGAUAGUUACCAAGGCGACCUAUCAAGUGGUGCUCUUCUGCUUGGCCGAAAUGUUAGCAUUCCCAAGGAAUGAAGCUUUUUGUUUCCUUUGGAUUUCUUGUGUUUUCAUCUCUGCAUGGGUUCAGCAAGGAACAAAAGACUUUCAGUGUGGCAAUGGGUUGUCCUUGCCUCCUGACAACGUGUGUGACUUCACAGAUCAGUGUGGGGACAAGAGUGAUGAACAGCAAUGCUCCAGUUAUGAAAGAUGUGAUUUUGAAAAUGGGCUCUGUAGUAUGACACAAGAUCAUAGUCUGCAACUUGUUUGGACAAAGAGAAGUGGGAUGACUGGUCUCUCACCUCCAUUUUAUGAUCACAACGGUGAUAUGUCUGCCCACUUCCUCUCACUGGUCUCCAAAGUGGGUUCUACUUCCUCAGACUUAAGAAGCAGAGUUUUUCUUCCGACGAAUAACCAACAUGCUUGUCAGAUUGCAUUUUAUUACUUCUCCAGCCAAGUGAGUGGCAAAUUAGUGGCUGGCCUUCAAACCACAUGUGGUGGUCCCAUUCAGCAUUUAUGGCAAAACACAGCUGGGCUCCAGAAUCAGUGGGAGAGAAAUGUCAUGAACAUCCAGAGCAACCAGAAAUUUCAGGUUGUUUUUCAAGGUCAAAUAAUUUCAACUCCUGAACAGGAUGAAGUCAUAGCUAUUGAUGAUAUAUCUUUCAGUUCAGGCUGCUUGCCUGCAAAUGAUGAAAUUUUACCAUGUCCAGAAACAUUGAAUACAGAGCAGGAACCGUGCCAUCUAGAUACAAGUCUCGGCAGUUCUGAUUCUACAGAUGAAGGAUUGAGGUUGUAUCAGGUCUGUGGAUUUGAAUUUGACAUGUGUGACUGGGUGUCAGAAACAUCUGCUGGGCAAAUUUCCUGGAUGCGCACAAAAGCAAGAGAAGUUCCUACGUUACAAUCUGGACCCCAGCAGGAUCAAAGUAGUGAUGAAGGUUAUUAUAUAUGGGUAGGAGCUAAGGAUACUUCUACUCUUAACCAUGUAGACAGCAGGGCUUAUUUAAAUAGCUCUGUGUGUCACUGCCUGGGCAAGAGCUGCCGUCUUCAAUUCUAUUAUUCCAUGGAAAACAGUGUUCUGAGAGUAGGACUGUACAAUAUUAAGGAAGAAGAAAUAUCUUGGAUAUACAACACAUCAACUGACAGAAAAUGGGUGAAAGCAGAGGUGUUAAUACCAGAAAGCCUGAAGACAUUUAAGAUUAUAUUGGAAGGGACUAUUUUGAGCCAGAAAGGUUUUAUUGGGCUGGAUCGGCUCUGGGUCUGUGCCUGUGCACUUGCCCCGUCCAGAAGGCUUUGUCCUACAGAUGAAUUCACUUGUGCCAAUGGCCAGUGCAUUGCCCAAGACUCGGUCUGUGACUCGCAGCAGGACUGUUCUGAUGACAGUGAUGAAGACCCAGCAACUUGCUCAGAUCCCCUCACAUGUGACUUUGAGUCUGGUUUAUGCGGCUGGGAGCCAUUUCUCACAGAAGAUUCACAGUGGGAAGUCAUGAAAGGAUUGGCAAGUGGAGAGACUCACCUUCCUGAUGCUGAUCACACAGCAAACGCAAGUCGUGGAUCAUUCAUUUAUUUCAGAUCCCAUCAAUCUCAAGGAGUAGCCAAGCUCGGAAGUCCUAUUCUUACAAAAGCACUCACUGCCUCUACCGCAUGUCAGGUGCAAUUUUGGUAUCAUUUGUCCUGGGAUUCACAUCUCUCGGUUUUUACAAGAACAUCACUGGAUGGGGAUUUGCAAAAACAAGGUGAUCUAAUUGGAAUCUCCAAAUCUCAGUGGAAACAAGCAAAAAUCAAUCUCUGUUUGGGGGCUGGAGAAUCUACUCUACCUUUUCAGUUGAUUUUGGAAGCUACUGUUUUAUCAUCAAAUGCUACUGUUGCUCUAGAUGACAUCAGUAUAUCCCAGGAAUGUGAAAUUUCUAAUAUGUCACUUCCAGGUACCAGCAUACUAAAGAAAGGUUCCAAAUGCGACUUUGAAGCAAAUAGCUGUGGUUGGUUUGAAGCAAUCAGUGGUGACAAUUUUGACUGGGUAUGGAACUCUAGAAGUAACCUUUCGGCUGAAUUUGAGCAACAGGCUCCACCUUGGGAUCAUACUCACAACACAGCUGAAGGGCAUUUUAUGUUCAUUCUGAAGAGAAGCAGAAGCUUGUCACAAGUUGCCAAACUCCAGAGCCCAACCUUUAGCCAGGCAGGAUCUGGAUGCACGCUUUCCUUCUGGUUUUAUAACUAUGGCCUGUCAGUGGGAGCAGCUGAGCUACAGCUACACAUGGAAAAUUCCAAUGACUCUACAGUGCUCUGGAGAGUAUUAUAUAACCAGGGCAACCAGUGGUCACAGGUGACUAUUCAGCUGGGACGCCUUACUCAGCCCUUCCAUUUGUCACUAGAUAAAGUCAGUCUUGGCAUUUAUGAUGGAGUCUCAGCUAUUGAUGACAUCAGAUUUGAUAAUUGUACUCUUCCCCUUCCUGCGGAGAGCUGUGAAGAGCCAGAUUUUUUCUGGUGUCGACACAGCAAGGCUUGCGUAGAAAAGCUUCUGUUAUGUGAUCUGGUAGAUGAUUGUGGUGAUCACACUGAUGAGGAUGACUGUGUACCUGAACUCCAAUGUAACUUUGAAAAUGGAAUUUGUAACUGGGAACAAGAUACAGAAGAUGACUUUGAUUGGACCAGGACGCAGGGUCCAACUUCAACACUUAAUACAGGGCCAAUGAAGGAUAAUACUUUGGGCACAGCUAAAGGACACUAUCUCUACAUAGAAUCUUCGGAGCCACAGGUUUUCCAAAACAGAGCUACUUUACUCAGCCCUAUCCUCAACGCCACCAAUGCAGAGGGCUGUACCUUCCGUGUAUAUUACCACAUGUUUGGAAAGCACAUUUAUAGGCUGGCCGUCUACCAGAGAAUAUGGAGUAACACAAGAGGACAGCUGUUGUGGCAGAUAUUUGGGAAUCAAGGCAACAGAUGGAUAAGGAAACACCUCAAUGUUUCCAGCAGGCAGCCUUUUCAGAUUUUGGUGGAGGCUUCAGUAGGAGAUGGCUUUACUGGAGACAUUGCAAUCGAUGAUUUGUCAUUCAUGGGCUGUGCCCUCUACCCUGGUACUUUGCCAGUGGACCUCCCAACUCCACCGGAAAUGUCAGCUCCAGUAACAUUACCCCCACACAACUGUAUAGACGAUGAAUUUGUUUGCAAGUCUGAUGGUCACUGUGUUGAAAAAAUCCAGACAUGUGAUUUUAGAUAUGACUGUCCUGACCAAUCAGAUGAAUCAUUCUGCGCUACGAAAGUUUGCAGCUUUGAAGAAGGAAGCCUGUGUCAAUGGUACCAGCCAAUCCCAGAAAACCUAAUUCAAGAUUCAAACACUUUCAGAUGGGCACUUGGUAAUGGAAUCAGUAUUCAUCAUGGGGAAGAAAAUCACAGGCCAUCAGUGGAUCAUACAACAAAUACCACAGAUGGCUGGUACCUGUAUGCUGAUAGUUCAAAUGGAAAAUUUGGUGAUACGGCUGAUAUACUCACUCCUGUUAUUUCACGCAUGGGACCAAGAUGUACCCUGGUGUUCUGGACUCAUAUGAAUGGUGUCACAAUUGGUUCUCUUCAGGUACUCAGCAAGAAAGACAAUGUUACUUCUAAAUUGUGGGCUCAAAGAGGACAGCAAGGUGCACAGUGGAAGAAAGUGGAAGUGUUUUUAGGCGUUCAAUCACAUAUACAGAUUGUCUUUAGGGCAAAGCGUGGUAUCAGUUACAUGGGAGAUGUAGCAGUGGAUGAUAUUUCCUUUCAAGAUUGUGCCCCCCUGCUUAGCCCAGACAGGAAGUGUACUGCUCAAGAAUUCACGUGUGCAAACAAGCAGUGCAUUGCAAAGGACAAGCUGUGUGAUUUUGUGAAUGAUUGCGCUGAUAAUUCAGAUGAAUCUACUUUCAUUUGCAGUACCUCCAGUGGGCGCUGUGACUUUGAGUUUGACCUUUGUUCUUGGGAGCAAGAGCAGAAUGAUGACUUUGACUGGAAUCUGAAAGCUAGCAGCAUCCCUGCUGUAGGCACAGAGCCAGCUGCUGAUCACACCUUACGAAACUCCUCUGGUCAUUACAUCUUCAUAAAGAGCUUGUUUCCUCAGCAGCCCAUGAGAGCAGCCAGAAUUUCAAGCCCAGUCAUAAGCAGAAGAAGCAAAAACUGCAAGAUAAUUUUUCAUUAUCACAUGUAUGGAAAUGGCAUUGGGGCACUCACCUUGACCCAGGUAUCAGUCUCCAACCAAACAAAGGUCCUACUUAACCUCACUGUAGAACAAGGCAAUUUCUGGCAGCGGAAAGAACUAUCACUGUCUGAUGAUGAGGACUUCCAACUUAAAUUUGAAGGUCGAGUUGGUGAAGGACACCAUGGUGAUAUUGCCCUGGAUGACAUUGUGCUUACAAGGAGUUGUCUAUCACCCCAGUUCUCCAUGAAAGAAGAACUUGCAGCACCUCUUCCAACAGGUUCCUGCCCUCCUGGCUAUUGGGAAUGUCAGAAUGGCAAAUGUUAUAAACCAGAGCAAAGCUGUAAUUUUGUAGAUGACUGUGGAGAUGAUACGGAUGAAAAUGAAUGUGGUACCUCCUGUACUUUUGAGAAAGGCUGGUGUGGCUGGCAAAACUCCCUGGCUGAUAACUUCGAUUGGGCUUUGGGAGUUGGCUCUCAUCAGAGCCUAAGACCUCCCGAAGACCACACACUUGGAAACAAAAAUGGGCACUUCUUGUAUCUGGAGGCUACUCCGGUGGGCCUUCAGGGUGAAGAAGCACACCUCAAGAGUGCUGUGUGGCAAGAAUCCAGCGCUGCCUGCACCCUAAGCUUCUGGUAUUUCAUAUCUGCAAAAGCCACGGGGUCCAUUCAGAUCCUCAUUAAGACAGAGAAAGGACUGUCAAAAGUAUGGCAAGAAAGUGAGCAGAACUCUGGUAAUCACUGGCAAAGGGCUGUCAUCCUGCUAGGAAAGCUAAGGAAUUUUGAAGUCCUAUUCCAAGGGAUCAGAACAAGGGAUCUAGGAGGAGGACCUGCGAUUGAUGACAUUGAAUUUAAAAACUGCAUGACUGUGGGAGAGACUUCUGAGAGUUGCCCGGAAGCCACUGAUUUUUUGUGCCACGACAAGAAGUGUGUUGCAUCCCACCUUGUCUGUGACUAUAAGCCAGACUGCUCUGAUAGGUCUGAUGAGGCUGACUGUGGCCGUUAUACAAACACAGCAGGAAGUUGCCAUUUUGAAACUUCAGGAAACUGGACCACAGCCUGCGGUCUUACUCAGGACUCUCAAGAUGACUUGGACUGGGCCAUUGGCACCAGAAUUCCUGCCGAAACAUCUAGUCCAGACAUUGAUCACACCCCAGGGAAUGGCCAGCACUUCCUGUCUGUCAGCUCAUCUGGACCCAAAGAAGGACACACGGCGAGAAUCACUACUUCCCAGUACUUUCCAGCAAGCCUCGGAAUGUGUACUGUUCGGUUCUGGUUCUACAUGGUUGACCCCAGGAGUAUGGGGUUAUUAAAGGUAUAUACCAUUGAGGAAUCUGGACUAAACAUCCUCGUGUGGUCAGUGAUUGGAAGCAAAAGAACUGGUUGGAUGUAUGGGCAUGUCCCUCUCUCCAGUUACAGUGCAUUUAAAGUGGCAUUUGAAGCUGAUUUGGCUGGAAAUGAGGAAAUCUUUAUUGCCCUUGAUGACAUCACUUUUACCCCAGAAUGUGUCUCUGGAGGUCCUGUGGCACCUCAGCCAUCACCCUGUGAAGCCUAUCAGUUUUCUUGUAUCUACACACGCCAGUGUGUCCCUCUCUCGGGGAAAUGUAAUGGACAGGAAGAUUGCAUAGACGGCUCUGAUGAAAUGGAUUGUUCUCUCAGCCCCCCUCCUCACCGCUGUGGUAAAAUGGAGUUCCAGUGCUCGAGCAACGAGUGUAUCCCAUCCCUCCUGCUAUGUGAUGGAGUGCCCGACUGUCACUUUAAUGAAGAUGAAUCCCGCUGCUCCAAUGGGAGCUGUUCUGAUGGUGCGUUGAUGUGCACUUCUUCUAAUAGCUGUAUCCCAGUUCACGAGCGCUGUGAUGGUUUGGCCAACUGCAUGGAUUUCCAGCUUGAUGAGUCCAGCUGCUCAGAGUGCCCAUUUGGUUACUGCAGAAAUGGUGGGAAUUGUGUAGUGGAGAAGAACGGUCCUGUGUGUCGAUGUGGACAAGGAUGGAAAGGAAAUCGAUGCCACAUUAAGGUUAACACUUCCCCUGAAGAUUUCACAUACACUAAUAAUAUAUGGGCUCUCCUGUGCAUUGGACUAGCUUUCCUGAUGAUUCAUACUAUAAUCGCAGUUGUGUGUUUUCUUGCAAACAGAAAAGUACCAGUCAGGAAAACUAAAGGAAGUGUUAAAUGUGCAUUUGUUAAUCCGGUUUAUGGGAACUGGAGUGACCCAGAGAAAACAGAGAGUUCUGUAUACUCCUUCUCAAAUCCAUUGUAUGGCACAACAUCAGGAUGCCUGGAGACCAUAUCUAAUCAUCUGAAGUACCAUCCAAAUCAAGUAUGAUCUAGGAUAUGCAGUUUGAGAAAAUCCUACUCUGAAACCUGAUAGAAACUCAUCUUAUGCAAUAGUAAAAAUAGAAGGGAUUCAGAAUACUAGUGUAAUUAUU